UCUUUCGUAUCAGAAUUGAAAGAAAUGUUGUCCAGAAUCGAAAAACUUCGAUUGAUCAAAGGCACAAUCAUCAUAAUCGUCUACAUAAUUUCAAUCACAAUCUACUUCAUGUUCAAAGAAAUGAAGCAGAAAGUCAUAGCCGCACUCCCCAAGUUCCAUUUCUUCAAUCAAGUCGCCGAUCAUGAAAUCAACAACAAUACAACAACCAGCAGCCACAUCUUCAUCGACGGAAGUUCUCCAAUACCUAAAGAAAUCGUAACAGCUGCGAUCAAAUCGAGUCUACCCAUUAUCAGGUACGGAGAUUUUCAGCAGGAUUCAAAUGGAUCUUGUGUUGUGUGCUGGGAAAACUUUGAGUUGAAUGAUGAAAUUAGGGUUCUGGUUAAUUGUAGACAUCAUGUGUUUCAUAAAGAUUGUUUGGAUAAUUGGCUUGAUGAAGGACAAAUUACUUGUCCUAUUUGUAGAUCUAUGCUUCUUCCUCCGUUUACUAAUCCAUGGACGGUUGUUCUUGAAUCGAACUCGUCUAUGGAGAGAUCUGAUCAUUGA